GUGCAGCACCUCUACAGAGUCAGUGUCACAUUAACUGAGUUGGGCAACAGAUCCAGCAGCUGCACAGACAGACGAGUCAGUCGGUCAGUCUGACGGUCACAAACUGAGAGCAGCUCGGGCCGGUCUGAAUGUGAGGUGAGCCAGCAGACAGGAAGAGAUGCGGAGAGUUCGGAGAAAAGGAGGGAACAAAGAGAAGGUGUUUGGAUGUGAUCUGCUGGAGCACCUGAACGCCUCCUCCCAAGAGAUUCCUCAGGUCUUGCAAUGCUGCAGUGAGUUUGUUGAGAAAAAUGGCAUCGUGGACGGUAUCUACAGGUUGUCUGGAGUGUCGUCCAACAUACAGAAACUGAGGGGUGAGUUUGAGAGCGACGGGAGUCCAGAUCUGAACAAGGAUUUGUACCUGCAGGACAUCCACUGUGUCAGCUCUCUGUGUAAAGCUUAUUUCAGAGAGCUGCCCAACCCUCUGCUCACAUACCAGCUGUAUGACAAGUUUGCUGAAGCUGUGGCCAUCCAGUUGGAGGAGGAAAGGCUGAUAAAGAUCAGAGAUGUGCUCAAAGAACUACCAGCUCAACAUUACAGGACUCUGGAGUUUCUGAUGCGCCAUCUUGUCAAAAUGGCCUCAUAUUCUGCAGAGACCAACAUGCACUCGAGGAACCUAGCCAUCGUCUGGGCCCCCAAUCUGCUCAGGUCAAAGGACAUCGAGGUGUCGGGGUUUAACGGUACAGCAGCCUUCAUGGAGGUCAGGGUUCAGUCCAUCGUGGUGGAGUUCAUCCUCACACACGUCCCUCAGCUGUUUCCUGAACCAGGCGUGUCAAUGGAGAGAAGGAAGUCCCUCCCCUCCCCGUCAGCGUUGCCCAAUCAGGAGGAAGGGUUUUUCAGGUGUGUUGCCACUCACCCUGUCCCUCACUUUGGUCACAUCAGUCCCGGAGACGGUCCUCUAGCCAUGAGACCUUACCACGCGAUCAUUGAAGGCACUGACAAGAGGAAAGGAUCUCUUAAAGGCAAGAAGUGGAUGUCCUUCUUCAACAUCGGAGGACGAUUCCAUGACCCACGACGGAGACACAAACCAUCAUCCAAAGAGAAAGAGAGGCCUGCUUUGAGACCUGCAAGAAGCAUGGACUCCCUCAGCACCCCUCCCUAUCAAAAUGAAGGUGUCAAACGUACCGCCCAGCGCCCUCCUUCCACCAGUAUGUCCCCCCUCGCAACCCCCCCAACCCAGCCGGCCUCCGAGGUCACGGCGUCCACUGGUGCCUUAGGUGGCAGUGAAUAUGCUGUAACUUAUCGCAGGGGAACAGGGUUAGUAAGUGGAGGUGCGGGCACUCAGGGCACCUACACUUCUCUUGACCCUGAAGGUUUAGGAGUCACAGGCAAUGAGACUGUCCAGUCCAGAUCCCCAGGACUCUCCACUAAAGUGGGCCGAAGAGCAGCCAUGCACAUCACAGGGCCCACCAUGGUGACCGUGCCCCUGCACAUCACCUCUAACCUGGCGUAUGGGGUGCUGCAAGGGGGCGGGAGCAACAGGGUCAUCCAUCGUGGCAGAGAUAAGGACGGAGGGGAAGGAAAGGAGAGAGGAGAGAGGAGGGAAAGCAGAGGGAUGGAAUGGAAGGUGGAAGAAAGCAGAAAGGUUGAGGAGAAAGUGAAAAAGAUGAAAGACGUGAAAGACGAAGAAGAAGAAGUCGUGGAUGCAGGAGGGAAUACCGAGGCAGGUGGUGGUGGUGGUGUGGAAGAAGGAGGUGAAGAAAAGAAAGAGGAGGAGGUUAAAGAAGAAUGCAGGUUAAAGCCGGAGGUGGUGACGGGAGAUCAAGAUGUUUGCAGAGAGCAACGAACCAAAAGCCACACCUCCAGCACUGCUGUCGAUGAUAACGAUAUGGAUGAGUACAUGGAAAUGAAAGAGGUGAGACCAGCUGACUGUCAGCCAGAGCUGAGUCAGCAUGCUGAGGACUCUGCGUUUGAUGCUUAUGACCUCCUCAACUCUACUGAAGUGGAGGGCGACGACCAGGAGCUGUCCGGCUACGUCCAAGAUAACUUUGAUUUCCUGGACCAAAUGGACUGCAGCGUCAUGGACCACAUGGAGUGCCGUGACUCCUACCAGGUGAACGAGUUCUCCGUUGAGCCUCCAAAUCACUCAGAUGACGAGUACGAAGUUAUGGAGCAAACUCAGUCUUUCCGUCAUUCUGCAGAGCCGCAGACACACCUGCAACCAGGCCCUGAAACACAAACUCAGAGCCAGACAGAGUUAAAACCACACAGGCCGCUCAGCCUCGACUCACACAGCCGACACACUAAAUCCCUCAGCCUGCCUUACAUGACCUCGCCCGUCCACGGACCAGAGGAGUUCAGCUCUGACGAGGAGGCUGCACCGGAGGACAGUGAUGACAAUGAUUACAGCAGCGACGAAGAUGACAGCAUGUUUAUUAAAAGUCUUCCUUCUGAUUUCUUUUUAAAUGAUCCGGCCUUUACACCAGACAUUUAUCAAAAGGACAGUUACAAUCUUGAUAGAGUUCUUGCACAUCAGUCACAGAGCUCAGAGGACAGAGGACACCAGUCACUUAAUCAUGAAAGUUCUGCAUGUAAAGAAGUAACUGUUGUAGAUGUAGAGCAGGUAGAAGAGAUAGACAAAGAAGAUAAAGACAGACUGGAAGAAAAGGAGAUAACAAAGACCGAAGAGGACAAUCACCAGGGAAGAGACCAACUGGAAAACAACAGGCAAAGUGAAGCGACAGAGGAAGACGUCAUGGAGGAUAUUCAGAGUGACAAAGAACAACCUCUCACUCCAGAGGCAUGGACACACUGCUGUGCCGACUUUCCACCACCGAUCGACGAUGAAUCAACCGAUGUGGCUGACAUGAAGGUCGAGGACGAGUCAGACAUGUUUGACUUCAUGUUUGAUCAUCACAGCGAUUAUCCGCCUUCUCAUGAAGUCUCUUGUGCUGCACAGAGAGACACUGAUGACGUUUCUUUAGAUGACUUCAGAGACUUUUCUGUCAGGGCAACAGAGCAGCACAGAACCUUCGAUACAGAGGAGAGGGGCAGUGAUGAGGGAGAGGUACAGAAAGAGAUAGAGGACAUAUGUCGAGGAAUGUUUCUGGAGAUAAAUGAAAUUGACGAUGACAUGCAGGAUGAAAGCAAAGAAGUGAAAGCUGCAGAAAAACAUGAAGAGAAGAUGCAGGGAGGUGACAAAGAGCAGGAUAGUGCAUUUUGGGCUGAACUUGAGGAUGUUGUAUGUGAAGUGAUAGAGGAUGAGGAGAGUAAACAGGUUGAGGAGAAGGAUGCAAGGGAAAGAGAGGGAGAUGUGAUCAAAGAUGGAGAAGAAGAAGAGGAAGAGGAAGAGAAAGAGGAAGAGGAAGAGGAAGAGGAAGAGGAAGAGGAAGAGGAAGAGGAAGCGAUUUCACGAGAGGAAUUGGUGGAAGUUGACAAAGAGGAGACAAACAAGACAGAUGUUGUAGAGGAAUCAACAGAGAUGAUUGAAGAAAAGUUCACAGACUCAGAUAUACAGCGAGAUUUUGAGGAAAAAGAGACAAACUUACCAAAGACAAGCGAUCUAGAAGAAGCAGUUCAAGUAAAGCAUGCCAUCAAUGAUGAAGCACAGCAUCAUGACACAGAAGAAGAAAGCAAUGACAAAGAGAGAGAUGAUGAGCAUCGUAGAACACCGCCAAGUGCAGAUAAACAACUAAAAGAGGUUAUGAAAGAGAGCAGAAAGUGUGAGGAAAGUGACAGCAGCCAGGGAGGAGUAGGACGGAAGCUGGUCGUCUCCAAACAUCCCAGGGUUUACCAAGUGAAAGCAGUGCCGGUGGUGCCUCCGAAACCGCAGCACUGCAAAAUCACCGCCCUGACCCUCCGACAGCAGCAGCAGGAAAGAGAGGAAAGAGAGAAAAGAGAUACGGACAGAGGGAGAGAAAACACGCUGAGAGUCCCGACAGAGCAGGACAGAGUCUGUGCAGGAGACGGCGAAGACGCAGAGAGCAGGGGGAAGAAGGAGAAGCCAACACCCAGGGGAGGGGAAAAGGCAGAGAGGGAGAGGAGGAGGGAUGGGGAGGAAAGCGCCAUGAGGGACACGAACAGAAACAGCCCCCUCAGCAUGUGCUUUGACGAGGCAGUGGCCAUUGCAACCAUGAGGCGGGAAAAAGAGAAAGAGUGUGAGAAGGAGAAGGAGAGGCAGAGGGAUUGGGGAAAUGAAGUACAGUGAAGUUUAUAUUCAUUCAAAGGGAUUUGACUGUACAAACUAUUUUUCUAUUUGUAGCAUAAAGGGCUGGA